AUGAUGCCCGGGUGGCCAGCGGCUGCCCAGCAAGCGCCGGGCGUCCCUCAACCAUCCACGCCCGCGUCGUAUGCGUAUCCAUCCAAUCCAGCCUAUGUUCCCGUCCAAGUUCGCCAGGGCUUUGGCCACUUCCCAGCCCCAGUUCCUCCACCGUUUACCGGCUACGCGCCCCCACCCCCUCCCGCCGCCGCCGCUCUCCAGCAGCCUCCUCCAGCCCCGCCAGCUGCAUCACAACAGCCCAAAGGAAAGACUGACUGGCCCGAGUCUGUUCGACGCUAUGUUCAACGCUCCUUCCUGCCACAAAAUGAAGACCCGACGGUUCCCCGUGCAGAAGUAGAGAACAAGCUGAAGGAAACUAUCGGCGUGGCCAAGGAGAACGGCACCCUGUAUACGAUUGACUGGGACAACACCCCCCUACCCCAGGCCCUUGUCAAGGCCGAGCGUGACGCGCGCUCCAAGGGCGACGCCGUGUCCGGAUCGUCAGCAUCCGGAACUCUCAAGUCCAAGAAGAGAAAGUCGUCUGAAUAUGCCGAGGGAGACGGGCCCAAGUCGCCGUGGCGCACUGCUAACCUUCGUGGGUCACUCGAGGACCGCGUCUCAUACCCGGCCAACGACAAGCGUCUUGCGACAGAAACCUCGGCGAAACAAAGUAAGUUUUCGAAGGACGCGGCCAGCAAGCGGAAACGCCGCUUCGAAAGCGAGUACAAAGCCGUGUACCGCUCGCCAAGCCCAACGGCGCACUCGUCUGGACCCAUCGUUGGAACCAGCGAGACGCUGGAGAAGCGGUACCUUCGCCUUACUGCUCCGCCCGUGGCGUCCAAUGUUCGUCCCGAGAAGGUGCUCCGCCAGACGCUCGAUCUUCUUAAGAAGAAGUGGCGCGAUGAGGGUAACUACUCAUACAUCUGCGACCAGUUCAAGUCGAUGCGCCAGGACUUGACGGUGCAACACAUUAAGAAUGAUUUUACUGUUUCCGUCUACGAGAUCCACGCCCGCAUUGCCUUGGAGAAGGGGGACAUCGGUGAGUAUAACCAGUGCCAGACACAGCUUCGAUCCCUCUACGGCCUCGGCCUCAAGGGCCACCCCCAUGAGUUCAAGGCGUACCGCAUCCUGUACUUCAUCCACACCGCCAACCGCUCCGGGUUGAACGACAUCUUGGCAGACUUAACCACAGCAGAGAAGGAGGAGCGCCCCAUCAAGCACGCCCUGAACGUGCGGUCGGCGCUCGCCCUUGGCAACUAUCACAAGUUUUUCCAGCUCUACCUGGACACCCCUAACAUGGGCGCAUAUCUCAUGGAUAUGUUUGUCGUGCGGGAGCGCCUUGCGGCCAUGAGCAACAUCUGCAAGAGUUACAAGCCCGAUGUCAAGCUGCGCUUCAUCACCGAGGAGCUUGCUUUCGAGUCGGAUGCCGAUGCUGCUCAGUUCAUCAUCGAUCAUCAAGGCCAGCAUCUCCUCGAGGACCGUCAGGACCACAUCGCGUUCCUGGCGGGCAAGGCCGGCUCUCUCUUUGAGAGUUUCCGGGCCACGGCCUUCAGCAAAGUCGACAUCAAGGGGCAGAUUUGA